AUGAGGAGAACCAUCCUUCAAGCCCGCCCCUCGCGCGUCCUCUCUCGCGCACUCUCCAGCGCCCACGGCUCUGCACGCCCUUCCUUCGCCAUCGCUCGCUCGCCCAAUGAGCAGGUCUUCCCCGCCGGCGCUUUCUACGAGUCCAUACUGCGCUGGAACCCCAACCCGGUGCCGAAGCCCCAGCCUAUUGAGCCACCCGCACCUGAGCCUGAGCCGGUGGUUGAGGAGGCUACGCCUGCUGAGCCGGAGCCGGUCCCCGAGCCUGUUGCUGAGGAGAAGACCCCCGAGCCGACUCCUGCGCCGGUUGAGGAGAAGUCUGCUGCUCCUGUCGAGGCCGAGGCUGAGCCCGCGCCUGUUGAGGAAAAGGCCGCUGUGCCUGAGGCUGCCCCCGAGCCAGAGCCGGAGCCCGUCGCGGAGGAUAAGCCUGCCCCUGAGGAAAAAAAGUCGUCCAGGUCCCCGAAGCGGCAACAACAAGAAGAAUCCUCCUCGGCCGAAAAGCCGGCCGAGAAACCGAUCCGCUCAAGCGGACGCCUAGACGGCGCCUCUGCUCCCUCCCCUGAGCCCCAACCCCAAGAUUCUUCCCAAGAAAAACCCAGCAUCACCUUCCUCUCCGGCCUCUCUGGCCCAACCUCCACUUCUUCAUAUCAGUCCCGCCUUGAAUCAAUCCGUUCCCGCUCCCGGCUCAUCGCCGGCGUCCUGGUUCCCCCACAACCCACCGAACCCGACAAUUGCUGCAUGUCCGGGUGUGUGAACUGCGUAUGGGACGCCUACCGCGAAGAAAUGGAGGCGUGGGCGGCGGCCAAGGCCGAAGCCGAGCGCAGACUGGCUGCACAGGAGGUGAGCAGUGUGGUGGGGACAACGGAGGAGAGUAUGCACGCUGUGGAGGACGGGAAGAGGGUAGAAAGGACGUUGGGGGUGCAUGGGGAGGUGGCUGAUAGGACGGGGGAUAUGGCCAGGGAGCUUGAAAAAGGGUCGACGAGUAUGGAGGAGGAUGGGGCUGGGUUUGGGGAACGGAUGGAGUGGGAUGAGGGGUUGUAUAAGGAUGUACCGGUGGGGAUUAGGGAGUUUAUGAAGCAAGAGAAGAGGUUGAGGGAGGAAAGGCUCAAGAGGAACAGGAAGGAGACGGAACACCAGCAGGGGUAA